GCAUGGCCAUGUUCGGCCGGGAGUUCUGCUAUGCGGUGGAGGCGGCCUACGUGACCCCUGUCCUGCUCAGCGUUGGCCUGCCCAGGAGCCUGUACAGCAUGGUGUGGCUCCUUAGCCCGGUCUUGGGAUUCCUGUUGCAGCUCGUGGUGGGAUCGGCCAGCGACCACUGCCAUGCCACGUGGGGCCGGCGCAGACCCUACAUCCUCACCUUGGCCGUCAUGAUGCUCUUGGGCAUGGGUUUCUACCUCAACGGAGACGCGAUUGUAUCAGCUUUGAUUGCUGACCCAAGGAGAAGGCUGAUUUGGACCAUAACCAUCACCAUGCUAGGUGUGGUUCUCUUUGAUUUUGCUGCUGACUUUAUCGAUGGGCCCAUCAAAGCGUACUUAUUUGAUGUCUGCUCUCAUCAGGACAAGGAGAGAGGCCUCUUCUACCAUGCCCUCUUCACAGGUUUUGGAGGUGCCCUGGGUUACCUUUUAGGCGCCAUCGACUGGGCCCAUCUGAAACUGGGAAGAGUGCUGGGCACAGAAUUCCAGGUCAUGUUCUUCUUCUCCGCCUCGGUCCUCAUUCUGUGUUUUAUUAUUCAUCUGUGCAGUAUUCCUGAAGCCCCACUUAGAGAUGUUACAAAGGACAUUCCUCCACAGCAAGCCCCCCAGAACCCUCCAUUGUCAUCAGACAGAAUGUAUGAGUAUGGGUCUAUCGAGAAAGUGAAAAACGAUUCUGUAAACCCGGAAUUGGUGAUGCUGGGAGAAAAAACCAAAAAUCCUGCUGCACAGACUCAGAGGGCAAUGACCAUGAAGUCACUGCUGAGGGCUCUGGUGAGUAUGCCUUCCCACCACCGCUGCCUUUGCAUCAGCCACCUCAUUGGAUGGACCGCCUUCCUGUGCAACAUGCUCUUCUUCACAGAUUUCAUGGGCCAGAUUGUGUACCACGGGGAUCCCUACAGCGCACACAACUCCACAGAGUUCCUCAUCUACGAAAGAGGGGUCGAGGUUGGAUGUUGGGGAUUGUGCCUCAACUCCCUGUUUUCCUCACUUUAUUCUUACUUUCAGAAAGCUUUGGUAUCUUACACUGGAUUAAAGGGUCUUUACUUCAUGGGGUAUUUGCUGUUCGGCCUGGGGACGGGACUUAUGGGCCUCUUCCGGAAUGUCUACUCCACCCUGGCGCUGUGCGCCUCGUUUGGCGUGAUGUCCAGCACCCUGAGCACCAUACCCUUUAACCUCAUUGCCGAGUACCACCGCGAGGAGCAGGAGCAGCAGAAGCAGCAGGCCCAGGAAGGGGGCCCAGCCUGCAGCGGAAGAGGGGAGGGCCUGGACUGCGCCACCCUCACCUGCAUGGUGCAGCUGGCUCAGAUCCUGGUCGGAGGUGGCCUGGGCUUUCUGGUCAACAUGGCUGGGAGCGUCGUUGUCGUGGUGAUCACAGCCUCCGCGGUAGCGCUGAUUGGCUGUUGCUUCGUGGCUCUUUUUGUUAGAUGUGUGGAUUAGGUCAUAAAGAGACACUGUCCCUAACUUCAGACACAGUGGAGCACAUGGCAGGAAAUCAAUCUUUUCUUCAGCUCUGCAGCUUUGGGGUCUGCCCAUUGCAAGCCCGGUGUUAUUACCCCAGUUGCAGUGAUCUACCCUAAGUGCCCAGCCCUCUGCACAACAGUCCCCGUAUUUCAGGUAUCAUUUGUCUUGGGAAAGACUGGGCUAUGCCUCCAUUCACUGGCGGCAAAGGGGGAGUAUGGGUGAUAGCACUUGCACGCACCUUUCUCCCUGUGUCUCAGUGCAAGGGUAUGGAGAGGCAGCGUCUGUUUUCCACAGGGCAUUUCGGAUCUUAAUGAAACCGGAGAAGUUGUCUAGUUCUACACAUGACUCCUGGAUUUUUUCUAUGAUGUAUUCUUUUUCUUAACUAGGAGUCCAUAUAUAGUUGGAGAGUCAUAUUUUUUAUCAGAUUCACCAGUACUCAAAAUAUUGCUGGUGACUCAUUUCAUGAUGUCCGUUCACUCAUAGUUAAUUCAUAUUUAACUUGCUUAUAAUUACUUCACAUUCAUUUAUGUUAUCGCUGACAAGACUGCUCGAAUAUCUCAUGUUGGAGGAUUUACUACUUCAGAACAACUCAUUUAAUUUAUGCAGUGAAAGUAUUUCUCUCUAAUCUGUACCUUUGUUCCAUCCUCUGGAGUCCCUAUAAAAGCUGUUCAAAACUGG